UAGAGUGAGUAGUGCCCUGUGGCCUUUACUUAUUUUUAGGACUCUGAGACUUCCGGGGCGCAUGUCACCGAUAUGGAGUCUGUUGCUAUGUGCACGAGACGCACCCGACUACUCCGCCACAGACCUAUGAAUCACGCAACAAUGUUUAUGAUUGAAUAAAACGCUUAUAAAGCGAGUAUUUAAUCCACAGUAGGUGGUACUUGAGGUUUCAUAGCCGGUCAUCAGAUCGAGUGGUCACAAAACUUAUUUACGCGGCGUUGGUACUUAGCAGUCAUUUCAUGAAUGCCGAUAGUAAUGAGAAGGUCUUCCACAUCACGGACAAGAUCACGUCAUGUAGCAGCUAUCUCUCAAACCUCAUCAAUCUAGUCUGCAAUAAUUCUAUUAAAAUCAUCAAACGGGAUACCUCGUUGCUCUUAGAUAGGUUGACCCCUCGCUCGAUACAAGAAUAUAGGAAGAAACAGCGUGUACUUGCCAGAGAGCGGUGGAGGCGAGUGCGUCGUCAGGUUGCGAGCGAGUGUUGUGACCAAGCCUGCACGAUCGGCCAAAUGAUAAAAUACUGCCCCGAAGAUGCCAGACUAGUUAGAGAAAGACCGGAAAUCUUUGAAUGAAAAGUCAAACACGAUUACGAAAAGUUAAACUAACAUAAUUUACAAAUGAGAGCACGAGGUACAACCACUAUUAGUGAGAAAAUAUUUAUAAUUUUCGACUGAAACGUUUUGUUUUCCCGCCGAUUUAUUUUAUAAGGUAUAGUCAGUAUGUAAAAUAAAUAUACUAUUAGAAAACUGA